AUGGCUUAUCGACAACUUAUUGUUCCUCUUCUCGAUCCUUCCUCCGCUAUCGAUCCUUCCGCCGCUAUCGGCACAGCGACGCGUCCUAAAAUGAGCCGAGCCGGUAACUAUGCGGUGUUUGUCAUUGCUAUGCUUGGGCCGGCGUUAUCAUUUGAUGUUCAACCAGAUAACUUCAAUGUGGUUCUUAAUCUCUCUGUUACCCUAGCGGCCUGCGUCAUAUUCACUGAAGUCUGCUCUUUCCUUGUUGAAACGAGCGAUAAAGUUAGGAAUAGCCUUAAGUUGAUUAAACUAGGAAUGAUUCGGAUGUCCAUGGUCUCAAUCGGUAUCGGAUAUCUCUUUCUGGCCUCAGACAAAAGCCACAAAAAUCUGCGCAUCAACAAUGUCAUAAUUCGUCCAAUCCCUGCAGUUUUAAUUUUCAAGUGUCGUAGAUCGAGGAUCGUUUCUGGAGAUCUAUUGGGUGCUAUCUGGAACCUGCUACGAUUCAUAUGGAAGCAUCCGAUUGUCUCGUUAGUCGUCCUUUCCAUUGUUUUGGCUGCUCCAAUUUCAAUCCUCUUCAAUCAUUUGGUUGGGGUUGCUGUUUUGGUUUGCAUUGUUCUAUUUGGUUUGCUACUUAAAAUGUUCAUAGGCUCUGAAUCCUCAGGUAAAUUCUCGAUUACCUGGUUUCCUUUGAUGGCCUGA